CUUGGAUGUGCUACAUUGAAGCAACAGAGGGUGAACCAAAAAAAUAAUUGAAAAAAUAUUACGCAUGCUCCAUUCCAUGGACAGCUCCUUAGGCCUGAGGAAAGGAGCAUGGAGUAAAGAGGAAGAUGAUCGUCUCAGGCGUUGGGUUGAAAAACAUGGAGAAGGAAAAUGGCAUCAAAUUCCUUCCAAAGCUGGUCUGAAUAGAUGCCGGAAAAGCUGUAGAUUGAGGUGGUUGAAUUAUCUAAAGCCGGAAAUCAAGAAAGGGAAAUUCACGGAGGAUGAAGUUGAUCUUCUUCUUAGACUUCACAAGCUUUUAGGCAACAGGUGGUCACUCAUUGCUGGAAGAUUACCGGGAAGAACAGCAAACGAUGUGAAGAAUUAUUGGAAUGGUCAUCUACAUGGCAAAAUUAAAAAUAAAGAAAUUAAUGGCGACAAAAAGACACAUGGAAAUGGAACCAAAGCAGUAAUGCCACGGCCUCGGACUUCUACAAAACGUUUCCCAUCGAUGAGUAAGAAUUAUGCUUCAACUAUAACAAUGGAUAAUAUAAAUCGUCCUCAUCAACAACAAAACUUUAACCAGAAAUCUCUUGAUGAAGACCUUCAUUGGUGGGAAAAUUUGCUAGAUAAUGCAACACCCAAUGAAGAAGCUACAUAUACUGUAAGUGGGUUUGAAGGAGAGCCCAUUUCAAAACUUCCUCAUGAUGAUCAAGAAGAUCAUGAUCCAGUUGGACCAAAUAAUAUUGGAGACGUUUUUGUGGAAGACGACCAGAGUUUUUGGAGAGAAUUUACCGUUGAUAUAGAUCUUUGGGAUCUUUAAAAUUAAUGUGAAUAUAUAUACUCCGCUAUGUAUGUCCACAUUAAGAUGUCAUAUAGCUGUCCACAUUAAUGAAAUAAUAUGCUAGGAAGGCUACACAGCCACAAUAAUUAAUGGAUAUGGUCACCCACCUUAUCUAUAAUAAUGCUUUGUGGGGUCGGUGUAUUUUGGUUGUACUCUGUUUUAAUGACUGCUGUUUUAUAGAUUACAAUUUGGAACUUUAAUCUUUACAUAUAUAUAAAUAUAUAUAUAUAUAUAUUUUGAAACUGAAAUAAAUUGCAAGACGACGAUUUGCACAUUA